CGAUUAUGUCCUACUGCGCAACGAGGUAGCCAAUCUACGCUGGGCAUCAACACUGUUUCUAGGCUUUCUACCAAACGGUUCAGUCUUGCCCUUGAAUACAUCUUCUCUCGAGGUUCUCAUACAAACCGCCACUGGUUAAUCUACAAUGUCGGACGAACAUAUCAAGACCGAGGAUGAUCAGGAAGAGGAGGAGUAUGAUGAGCUGGACUACAUUGCUCAAAAAGAUGCCGUCCUCUUCGCCAUCGAUGUCAGCAAGAGCAUGCUCACCCCUCCUCCACCAUCCGAUGAGAAGAAAGCCGACACCGAUAGCCCGACAGUAGCAGCCCUCAAAUGCGCAUACCAUAUCAUGCAGCAGAGAAUUAUAUCGAACCCACGGGAUAUGAUGGGAGUUCUGCUCUUUGGCACAGAAGAAUCCAAAUCCCAACGAGACGAUGGAAAUCAACGAGGAGGUCUGGCAUAUCCCCACUGCUAUCUUCUCAACGACCUCGAUAUCCCGGCCGUCGAGGAUGUCAAGAUCUUGAGGGAGGUUAUUGAAGAUGGGGAUGAAGCGAAAAAGCUGUUGGUCCCCUCGCAGGAGCCCGUCGCUAUGUCUAAUCUUUUGUUCUGUGCAAAUCAGAUCUUCACUACGAAGGCGCCGAAUUUCGGAUCGCGAAGACUGUUUAUUAUAACAGAUAAUGAUGAUCCGCAUGCGGGUGAUAAGAACGCGAAGUCGCAGGCUGCUGUUAGAGCGAAGGAUCUGUAUGAUCUUGGCGUUGUUAUUGAACUGUUUCCGGUUUCGCGUCCGGAUCAGAAAUUCGAUCGCGCGAAGUUCUAUGAUGAUAUUAUCUAUCGUGACCCAAACGAAGGGGAAGAACCUGCUUUGGUUCCGACAACUCUCACAUCCUCAGGAGGGGAUGGGAUACCACUCUUGAACAGCCUUAUCUCAGAUAUAAACUCAAAACAAGUUCUAAAGCGAGCUUUAUUCUCUAAUUUGCCUUUUGAGAUUGGCCCGGGAUUCAGAAUCUCUGUCAAAGGUUAUAAUAUCAUUCAGAAGCAGGAACCCGCUCGAAGUUCGUACAUAUACCUCGACGGCGAGAGGGCUCAGAUCGUUGCAGGCGAAACCACCAAGAUCGCAGACGACACAGCUCAAACAGUAGAGAAAGCAGAGGUUAAAAAGGCAUACAAGUUUGCUGGUGAUACGGUCUUCUUUACACCAGAAGAGCAGAAGGAGUUGAAGAACUUCGGUCCGCCAAUCCUUCGUAUCAUUGGCUUUAAACCGCAGUCAAUGCUUCCAGAUUGGGCUUCCGUGAAGAAGUCCACAUUCAUAUACCCCAGUGAGGAGGACUAUGUUGGGUCGACCCGCGUCUUUGCCGCUCUGUGGCAAAAGCUUCUUAAGGACAAGAAAAUGGGAGUUGCCUGGCAUAUCCCACGCAGAAAUGCCAGUCCGAGCCUUGUCGCUAUUCUCCCCUCUACUGAAACAAUUGAUGAACAGACAGGUGGCCAAGUUAUUCCACAGGGCCUGUGGCUCUACCCUCUCCCGUUUGCAGACGAUAUUCGACAAGCACCCGAUUGUCCGACUCCGGUUGUCGCUCCGGAUAACCUAGUCGAUGCAAUGCGGAAAGUCGUCCAGCAACUACAACUCCCAAAAGCUACUUACGACCCACGCAAAUAUCCCAAUCCAUCUCUACAAUGGCAUUACAAGAUCCUCCAGGCCAUUGCCCUUGAGGAAGAGCUGCCCGAAACACCAGAGGAUAAAACUAUCCCGAGAUAUAGACAAAUUAAUAAGAGAGCCGGCGAGUAUGUACAUAGAUGGGGCGUGAUACUUGACGAGAAAGCGCGGGCCUUCGAGACAGAGCGGAAAGGUGCAGGCAUCAAACGGGAGAGGAAUGAUGAAGACGACGGAGGCCCCAAGAAGAAAGCCCGCCCAGCGCAUUCCGCGCAGAGCCUGGAUGGGAUGAGCAUCACUGAUCUCAGGGCCGCGAUCGCAGCGGGGAAUCUGCAGAAGUUCGUGGUUGCGGACCUGAAGGAGUGGUUGAAUUCCAGGGGGCUGAGUUCUAGUGGCAAGAAGGCGGAUUUGGUGGAGAGGAUUGAGCAGUGGGUGGAGAAUGCGUAGAGGGCAUGGGCUUUGGAGUGUUGCUGCAGGCAGGAAAGGGGGAGAGAGGAUGGUUACUUGUAAGAAUACGGUUUACGGAUAUGGAUGUCAUCUGGAAAUGGAAUGGGGCGCAACUUGGAACCUGGAACCUGCAGGGCAGUCUCGCUGGAGGAUAGCCCUCGAUCACUGAAAAGAUCCUAAUGAUUUGAACAUAGGAUUCGAAGUUAUGAAUAUGACCCUGCUGAAGUAAGUGAUGGUCUCUCGUUUCUCGCGUCGGGUAUCAGGGACAAAACGAAGCGUUCCUGGUCUACGGCCCGCCCCGCCGCCAACAGUCUGAAGAGAAAAAAAGAGG